GGGAAAUCAACAUCGGGAAAGAACAAGUGUCAAAAUCCAGUGCCGUUGUUUCCAUUAUAUAACUAAACUACGGGAGGGAUGGAAGGUCGCACAUCAUCUACUAAUAUGACAGACAGAUCGUCACGGCGUUACAAACCAGAAGACACCAUCAGCGUCUCUUCAUAUCACGACUACCCAUCUCAGAAGCCCUUCAUUAACAGUGACUACAGACCACCCAUCACCAAACGCCCCAUUGCACAACCAGAAAGCAACAGAAAUGCAGUCAUCUCUGCUUUGAAAAACUUACAAGACAAGAUCCGCAAGUUGGAGUUGGAGAGGACGUCUGCCGAAGACAACCUGAGGGCUUUGACAACAGAAACGACGCGGUACAAAGAUAUGCUGCAGAAGAGUUACCAGAGUGAGGGAGCCAGGCAGUCAAUGGUGUCCAAACAAACUCAAGCUUUAGAAUCUCAGUUGACAUCAGCAGAGACAAGAUGUAAGGUGCUAGAGAAACAGCUGGACCACAUGAGGACGAUGGUGCAAGAGGCAGAGCACGGGCGCCAUGAGGCAAUUCAGAGCGCCGCGUGCAAAGCGCAGGACAAGAGGCAAGCAUCUGAGGCAGAUCAGAGAUCACACAGGGACCAAAUUUCCCAGUUGGAAAGAGACCGUGUCAAGCUAGCAGCAACUCAGAACCUAGCACAGAGUAAAAUAAGGGCGCUGGAAGAACAGUUAAAGAGAGAGAGAUUGCAGAGACAAUACCUUGAAGAACAGACGCUGUCCAAUGGCAGAGACCCAUAUGUACACUCUCCUCCAGCCAAAACAAAGAAAGUGGUGAGAAAGAAGAAAAAAGAGAAGACUACAAAACCAGUUAGACGAACGAGGACAGCGUCUGAACCUAGUAAACAUUUCCGUUUGAAUUUGGCGGAAAUUCCAUUUGUGGCUGGUCAGUCAACGACUCCAAGUCACCGAGUAGGUGCUAACGUUCAGAAGGUGAUUGCGCUGAUGAAGAGUCACAAUGUAGCGCUCUGCUCUUCCCUGCAAGGCUCCUCAGCUUCGUCAUCCUCCUCACGCUGCAGCACACCCGACAGCGAUGCAGACCUUGCCGAGUUACUGUUACAAUUGCAGGAUGAGUUUGGGGAGAUGAGCUUUGAACACCAUGAGUUGAUGAAGCAGCUCAAUGAGACAGACAAUGAGACAGUGAGACAAGAGCUAGAGGCAGAACUAGACAGCCUGGUGAGCAGAAUGGAGGCCAAGAGUCAGCAGAUCUCACGAGUACGGAGGCACCAAACAAACCUUGACUGCAAGAAAAGAAAGAAAAAGCAAGGUCGGCCAAAAUCUGCAAUGGCCCGACUUCAGACGCAGCGCAAUGGAGAGGUCAAGGUCACCACUACGAUACGGGCAUCUGGUCCUGGCAGCGGGAGGAUAAAAGUUAAGACGUCACCCUCAGGCAAAAGUCCGCUGACUGUGCUCAAAGACAUGAAAAAAUUACAGACAUCUCUUCGUAGGGAUGAUGUGCACUGGGAUAAAUGAUGGAUAAGUCAUGUACCUAUACCACUGGGUCUGUUGUUGUUGGUAUUUUAAGUCAAAAAUUGUGCUGCCUUGAGAAGGCAAAAUGGAAAUUUCUUACAAAUCAUGGCUCAUAUCUUAUAAAUUUUACCCACUUUUUAAAGUUAACUGAUGGUUUAUAGUGUUUUUAAAAGAAAUUUAUACAUUUUCAUUUUCUUUUGUUAACCCCUUUAUUCCAGCUAUACCUCUGUUGACUUCAUUCCAUUCUCAAGUUUAGAACAGGUAUGGGAUGUGACUCCAGAUGAUAGUCUUUUCAGGAAUUACUGGAAUUAUGUCAGUAUUUGGAAAACAAAUCUUGGUAUCACAACCAGGUGAUAUGAAUUUUUUUUUUAAUUUUGAAUUGCAAAGUUAUGUGUUAGCUUCAACAGAAUUCUGCUUUAGACAGGCAUCUGUCUGUCUGUCCGAAAAUCCCGUCUUCAGGGAAAAUAUGGAUACAAGACUUUUCAAACUUGAAAUCCAUUGUUACAAAUUCUAUGAGGGCAUAAUUAUGAGGACAUAAUUAUGGCAUGAAUGGUGUUUUGUGUGGCAUGAAUGGUGUUUUGUGUGGCAUGAAUGGUGUUUUGUGUGGCAUGAAUGGUGUUUUCUGAAAUCAUUUUGUAUAACUUGCUCGUAAAUGAUGUCGCCUGCAAACAUCGCAAGGUCAGAAAUAAAAUUUGAAGUGAUAUAUGGAGAUACUGGACUGAUCGAGAUGAAAUCCUUCUGGCUUAUUAGAUAAAUCCACAGAUCACAUUUAUGGAAGACACUCGGAAUUUGAUCCAGAGUCCUACUUUAUUGUGCUGUUGACUCACUAUAAUGUACAUGUAGCCUCAAUGUGUUGUUGACUCAUUGUGCAUUUCACUCACUGUUGGCAUUUAGGUGUUAGCCUUAUUCAGGGUUGUUAUGUAAAGCCUCCCCAUCACACUUACAUGUUGUAGAUAUUUUCUUAUUUAUUUUUUACAUUCUUGUAAAUAUCUUAUUAAAGAUCUAAUGCAAUAUAUUGAGUAAAAUUGAAUAAAUACUUGAAACAGAA